GUCAGGACGCGUCACGCGGCUCUUCUCGCCACACUCGGACCUCUUUGGCGCAAUUAACCUGCGCCAAAAACCGCAGCACCCCCACCUGGCACUCAUGCAUCCGUCAAGCGGGGCUCCGGUGACGGCCUGGGCGUCGUCUAAUGACUGAUGGCUCUUCCCCGCAACCAAGUGACAUGUGUGUAAACAUCCCGACUGACACACGACGUAUCUGUCCCUGAGAAUCCACCCCAAACGCGUUGACAUUGGAUUCAUGGAGUCCCUGGAGACUGCGGCGGGCGUGACCAGCUCUACGGGAGGUCAGGAGGAAGAUGCUGCACUUAAGAAAUGUACAUCAAAUGCUGCCAAGACAAGAAGGAGUCCAUCAGUGGAAAUGGAGGACAAGGCGUGGCACCAACACCUGCAGGAUGGCGUGCCCAGAGACAUAAAAAAAGGCUGCGACUCAGGGAAAUCAGUGAAAUUAGAGGAGUCACUGGCCCAAACUGAAGCGCCUUUGGCCAUAAAAACAACAGGCAGACACAGAACUGCUCCGUCCUUGGGCGUCUCACACAGAAAGUCCCCGAGUUCACCUGAACGACAGCAUUGCUAUUCAGGGACGGAGCAGCAGCAGUCCGACGCCAAUGCGAAGGGGGAGCCAAAACCACAAAAGCCUGGAAAGUACGUGUGCGAUUACUGUGGACGGGCCUGUGCCAAACCCAGCGUGCUUAAGAAACACAUUCGCUCGCACACCGGGGAAAGGCCCUACCCGUGUGUCCCCUGCGGAUUCUCCUUCAAAACCAAGAGUAAUUUAUACAAACACAGAAAGUCCCACGCUCACUCGGUCAAAGCUGGAACGGCGCCGUCUUCGGAGCAGGGCUCUCACAACGUCAACAUGGAUCAGGGGUCUUUCGAAGGGGAGGGAGAGUUGUUCUCAGAUGCGGAUCAAAGCACGGACACGGACGAGGACACGCUUAACGAUCCCCUGCUGCUUCUGGACUCUCCGGCGGAGAGAUCGGAUCACACCGCCGUGAAAGUACUAAACCUCGUUUCUCAGAAAAAGCCAUCCGCGACAUCAUCGGCGUCAGCUCAGGAUAGUUCCUCUCAACCCCCUGAAAUCAAUGAACCUCUUGCCACCAGUGAGGCUAACAGCGCAAUCCAAUCUUGCACCAUCAAACAAAGACUCGCACUUCGGCUGUCGGAAAAAAGAAGUAGUGACUCCGAACAUAAUCUGUCCCUCCCGAGUCAGUCGAGUAAAGGCAGCACGGACUCUGGCUACUUUUCCCGAUCUGAAAGCUCGGAGCAUCAGACUGGCCCACCAAACGCCAAUGCCAAAUCCUAUCAGGAAAUAAUGUUCGGGAAGUGCUACAGGCCGACCCCAAAGCAGACCUCAGCUUACACAGAUCCAGGUGAAUACACGGCAAGACGUUCGGAGAAAGGAGUUUCCCGUGUUUUCACCCAGGAAAAGGACACAUUUGAGUCCAUCAAAAUAAACACAAAGUCCUUUAUGAGUGAAGCGGCGAAAGAGGCAGAGAUGGACAGCAGCUCCGACCUGGGGCUGCUCCUCAGGAGCAACUCAAUGCCGACAACCUCGGCAGUCAGCCUGACAUUGCCUCAGGCGCUCAGGGGCAGCCACUCGUUUGACGAGAGGGCGAGCAACGCUGGCAUGAGGAGACUCAGACGGCAAGCUGCUUUUGAGCUCUCCUCCCACGAGGGCCAAGCAGAUACCGACGGCCAUGGCAGGAUGAGCGAGAGUAGCAUGACACCUGCUGGACCGGAAAUGGAAAAUUACCCCUCUGCGGCAUCGAGCAUGACCCAGCAGAGGCAGGCGAUAGAGUUGGCCACGCGGAAGCGUCGGAAGGAAAAGCGGGAGGAGGAGGACUUGCCGGGUCAGUAUGCAACGCAGAAUGAAUUGUGUGAAGAAAUGUAUGAUCUCAGUACGGAUUAUGACACAAAGCAUCUUGGCGUCAUGAAAGGACGUCCUACAAGUACACAGCUGGACAGGAGUGACAUGGACACGUCAGUGAGUCAUGAAGUGUGCACUCGAAAAACCUUAGGAAACGUCAUUUCAGUUAUCCAGCACACUAACUCCAUCAACAGGCCUUCUGCUGAGCACACAGACUCUUCUUACAAGUGUCACAGGCAGAGGCAGGAAGCCUUUUCCUCCUUUCAGCCCAUUGAGGAGACGUACGACAUGGAAAGGUGCGACAGUCGACUCAGGCAGUCGUUUCAAAUUGGCCCCAAACUUGUGCGACAGUCCAACAUUCAAGUACCCGAGAUCAGGGUCACUGUGGAGCCGGACAGUCCGGAGAAAGCUCCAGACGUUCCGGUGAAGGAGCCGGAAAAGCACGUGGAAGAGUUUCAGUGGCCGCAAAGGAGCGAAACUUUGGCUCAAUUCCCCCCGGAAAAACUCCCGCCCAAAAAGAAGAGGUUGCGCUUGGCUGAUAUCGAGCACUCGUCCGGGGAGUCCAGUUUUGAGUCUGCUUGUACCAGCCUCUCCCGCAGUCCCAGUCAAGACAGCAAUUUAUCUUACAGCUCCGCCUUCUCCUUCGACAGGGAGGAGAGCCUCAAGCCAGUUUCUCCGGCCAGGCAGGAUGAAUUUGGCAAACCUCUGGAGCUCUUAGCCGUGCCGGGAAGCGGCCACUCGCUAUCCGUGCUCAAUCAGCGUCAACAACAUGAAAUGAGACGCUCCUCCUCAGAGCAGGCGCCUUGCAACUUGCGCAAGGAGUUCCCAGAGGUGCGCAGCGUAUCAUUUGACUACGGCAGCCUUUCUCCCACAUCCAAAGUUAGAUCUACAGACCUCGGGUCUGGCUACCUGGCCGCAAAGGAUAGACGAAGGGCCAACUUGGUGCGACAGGAGUCACUAAGCAUGGACACAGAGGCCUCACAUGUCGCAACGCAGGUGUUUCUGCAGCACCUCACCGGCGCCCCACCUCUGCCGCACACUUUGCCCAUUUUCUCAACGGGGAAUACAUUUCCCCAGCAUCCUCAUCCGAGCUUGUCAAUUCCUGUUAGAAUCCAGACUCACGUGCCAAGUUACGGCAGCCUCACCUACACGUCGGUAUCCCAAAUCUUUGACAAUCAGUACAGCAGAGUCAAUCCCUCACAGAGUCAGACUUUACGCUCGCAAGCGAACCCCGACAGCCACAGUAAAUCCGCUGGCGAAGCCCUUGAUCUGUCCUCAGCUAAGCUCAAGACGGGCAUCCCCCUCUCUCUCACCUCCCGGACUAUCUCCACCACUAACGCGUCCAGCGGCAGCGCAAACAAACGCGUGCUGUCGCCUGCCAGCAGCCUAGACCUGGUUUUUGAGGUCAAGCAGCAAAAGCGGGUGAAGGAGGAAAGACUGUUUGGGCAAAUUGUGGAAGAGCUGAGUGCGGUGGAGCUGGGCAAGUGUCAUUUGGGCGAGGAGAAGCUGCAGACCGCACAGGAUGACUCACACAAGAGCAGGUUUAUCACACUCGGGCAUAAAACCACCGAGGCCCGCGACCAUGGCGGAGAGUCGGCUAUGGAGAGCAGCUGCCUGGAUAUCAGCUCGCCUCCGUAUUCCGCCACGCUUGUCUGCGAAAUGAAAGAAGUUGGCACGGACAAACGAGUGCAGAUGGACACGGGGGCACAGCCGCUCUCCACUCGAGACAUCCUGAUCUCAGAAGCCGAGCAUCCGGGACCGUUAUCUCCCUUUCCAAGUCUUCGCACGACGACAGGUGUGAGCUGGUGUUAUCUCAGCUACACCAAGCCGAGCUGCUCCCACGACAACGCUCCUUUCUCCUCCGUCUACGCCACCUGGUGCGUGAGCGCCCGCAACCCCAACCCGCCGGAGCUGAGCACCGGUGCCGCGCUGGCCUUGCUGAGGUCCAAACAGAAGGGGGGUGAGAUUAUUUACUCCGUGGCUGCCAUGUGUCAGCCUGGCAACAGAAAACUGGUCUCAUCCCUCAUCCUGUGGCGGCAGACUUUUGAACAGCCGCCGAGGAAACCGGAGCCCAAAGAGGCGGACGCCAACCCCGGGAAGAAGAAAGAGGGCGGCUUCAGACUGAAGGCCGCCAAGGAGGAGUGGAAGGAGCGAGAAGCUUCCGCCGCCCAAACGGCGCCGACGCGCGUCAAGAUAUUCGAGGGAGGGUACAAAUCCAACGAGGACUACGUGUACGUCAGAGGCCGGGGCCGAGGGAAGUACAUCUGCGAGGAGUGCGGCAUCCGCUGCAAGAAGCCCAGCAUGCUGAAGAAACACAUCAGGACCCACACGGACGUGAGACCCUACAUCUGCAAGGUCUGCAACUUCGCCUUCAAAACCAAAGGAAACCUGACCAAGCACAUGAAGUCCAAGGCUCACAUGAAGAAGUGUCUGGAACUUGGCGUGUCGGUGACCGCGGAUGAGACGGAGAUACACGAACACGACGAGCUGCCCCAGCAGAAGUCCAAAGCAGAAGAAGCCGCCACCAAGCAUCAGUUCUCUGACGCGGAGGACUCAGACGGCAUGGAUGAAGACGUGGAUGAAAUGGAGGAGGACGAGGACGAGGACGAGGACUACGAGGGCGACUCCACUCCCAAACUGCGCUCCAGAAGCUCGAGUCCGCAGCCCAGCGCAGACGUCCGGCGCCGGGCGUCCGGCAGGUGGCCCGGCUCGGAGCAGAGAGACAAGUCUGUGGAGGAGGACUCUCUGAGCGUGCUGACCCCGGACCAGGCCAGCUUCCUCUUCGACCCCUACUCCUCCUGUCUCCUCUCCCCCGGCUGGGAGUCUCCCAUCCGGGAGCCCUCGCCCUCACGCCUGUGCUACCCCUCGCCCAGGAGGGAAGUGUCCCCGCGAGGACGCUCCUCGCCCCGCUGGGACGCCGCCCCGCUGAGGCCCGGCUCGCCCGGCUUCUCGCCCAUUCAGCACCUUUCCCCCAUGGCCAUGGAGAGACCCACGUCCCCCGGGGCCGAGCUGGCCGGGAAGCGGGAGUCGGCCGGCAGGGGCAGGCAGAGGGUGGUCCUGCGGGCCGUGUCGCCACGAAGGGGGUCCCAUCAACACCGAGGGGCCGGCGAUAAGAGCCGACAGCACGCCAAGAUGGACGCCACUCAGCAACAAGGAGCCUUUGAAAUGGAUUUGGACCCGAGGAGCACGCCCGCCUCCGGCCUCCCGAGCGCCGCGGCGAGUCUGCAGCAGCAGAACAUCCUGAGCCACCUUCCUCUCCACUCGCAGCAGCGAGCCCUCAACCUGCUCCCCGUCCUCCCCGUGGGAGGACUCCAGGCGCCCCCCUCGUCGCCUCCCUCGGCGGCCAGCCCCCCGAGCACCCCGGAGACGGACCCCGGGGUGCAGAGCGCGAACGCUGACAUCACGGACGGCGGGCAGGAAGAGAACGUCCAGACUUGCUUGAAAGCCAUCGCCUCGUUGAAGAUCAACACCGAGGACCCCCAUUAGAGCUCCCCAGGCUCCGCCCCUUUCCCCCCCAAUUGAGGCAAUAUGAUGGGACUUUCGUCUUGGACUCUCGCUCCGCUCGUGGUUAUCGGGUGCAGGUGCAAUAUGAAGUAUUAUAAUGCCUUUGUUGUCACGUUGCAGUUUGCAUACGAUUGCACAUAAAUUAUAUUUCUAGAUCCUAUAUAGUCCUUCUUAGACGCCGCUGUAUUUUAACGUACGUGUACUUUGAGAAUAGACUGUUGUUUCAUGUAAUCAUAUCAACGUGAUGCAGUAGUGCAGUAACUCUUUGGAUCAACAACAACAAAAAAAUCGACGGGGCGACCAAAUUUGCGGCUUCUUUCCCGCGCGGUUUGCGACGAGGGUUUGUGCCUUUAUUUUGAAGGAGGUCGCGGUACGGUCGAACGGACGCAGCUUGAUUUUUGUCGUCGUGCUUUUUAUCUUGCAUGGGGUUUGCUACUGCACAAAACAUACAGGAAGUAAUUCCCAAUACUGUAUUUAUAUAUUAGGACGUAAGCACUUAUUGAUACUGCUCAACAUUUGACUACUAUUUAUAUCUGCUUUUAUCUCUACUUAUGCAGCGGUUGUGCGGCGAGACACGCCGGGCCUCGCUUUUGAUAUCACGUCUUUAUCGCGCCUCUUUUCUCUCUGCUAAAGAACACAAAAAAAAAAAAAAAGGAAUAAAAGACGGCGAGAAGUA